UUGUACACACACGUAAGCAAACGUUUGAUAACAAGAAAACAUUGAAAAUAAGGCUGUUAGCAAGGAUUUAACUUAAAGGUUUAAGGUCGCGGUUUUGCGUAAACAUUUGAUGUAGAUAGACCAUUGACGUUACACAAUCAUUAAUUAUUGAGUUGGUAAUAUAACAAAAACAUGUUGGCAACUUAUUGAAUAGUUCAGCAGAUGUGCAGUAUAAACAUGCACGUAAUAAUGCAUUGAUCACUGAAUUACAGACUUCUGCUAACACUGUUUAAAAGAGUGAGGUGAAAUAGAGGUAGGCAGAAUAUGGAUAGCUUAAACUCUUUGCGUGGUUCGGUGCUGGAUCCCGGCUACCACUGCUCGGCUUGCAGGGACAAGGGUCACAAGAUCGAGGCCUGCGUCUACUGCAGCAUGUGUGUCAAGCAUUACUGUCUGGAGUGUACCACUCUACACGGCGAACUCUUCCCGAACCACACCGUUUCCGGCAAUGAGCACGGACGGACGCCCCGGGGACCACAGAAGAAGGGAGGCGCCACGAAGUGUGAAAAACAUGGCGGUCAGCAGCUCACCAUGUACUGUGCUAGCCAUGACAACGUCUGCUGCCCGUUGUGUGCAGACGGAGAACACAGACUAUGUCGAGAUGUUCAGCCUAUAUCGGGUAUCUCGGAAAGCGUCCAUCGAAGGGCGGACGUAAAGCACCUGGCAAUGGUCAUAGAGAAACUUGCAAACCGGGUCGCUCACUUGAGUGACGACAGGAAGAAGGCACACAAGACACUGAAAGAUUCUUACAAGGACAUAGUGUCUGAGAUACGCCAAACACGGGAACACUUGAACAGAGUUUUAGCAAGGCUCGAAAAACAGACUGUUGAAGAGCUCGAUGUCUUGUACAAGGACGUUAGCAGUAAGAUUCAGCACGACAUUGACGUGUGUGAGAGAAAAAACCACUCUCUGAAGAAGCAGUUAGAAGAGCUUCACACCAGGAGAGCUGGAGAUGAAACAAUCACACGUCUUGUUCAAACUGAGAGUGAGGAGAAAAUUGCAGAGGCUGAACAACUUCUUGGAAAAUUGGAGAAUCAAGAUUUCACAUUAAAGUUUCGACCAGAUCAUUCUGUUGAUGAGUUUUUGUCAGGUCUUCAUGUUAUUGGGAAGAUAGAGCAGCCAUACAGUGCCGAAACGAGUGGUUUGAGCGCGAUGCUUGAGAUGGGCCUCUCCCUUACUCCGCGGCGGCUACCCUCUCCGCCCCACCAUAUGUACCACGUCCAGUUCCUCGAGAACCAUAACGUACAGGUCAGGGGUGACGUCGACAUCUGCUACAUCACGGGAUGUUGCCAACUGCCUAACGGAGACAUAAUCAUUGUGGACUGCAGCAACGGUCGCAUCAAGCUCCUCAACAACACAUUUCACGUGCUCGCUCAUUGUGCAAUUCCGGACUUUGCACAGGACGCAUGUUGUAUAACAAACAAUGAGGUCGCUGUCACUGUGAACAACAGCAGAGAAAACAUUCACGAGAUCCAGUUUAUUGGUAUUGCCAACAACCAGUUGCACCUUACCAGAAAGAUAAAGCUGACGCAUGACUGCGACGGUAUCGCUCACCACGCUGACCACCUGUAUGUGAGCUCAUGGGACGCCCUUUACUCGUAUACUACUUCCGGUAGAUUUGUCGGCAAGUUAUACCAAGAAACGUCAGAAAAUGACACCACCGUCUAUCGCAUUGCUGUAAGUGAUGACGGUACUCGAAUAUACGUCACAAACGUAGACAGCGACAGUCUAGUCACUCUUGACCACAACGGCUACGUGCUGGCUACACUGACGGACGCGGAUCUCCGAAAGCCGUCUGGUGUGUGCGUGGCCAGCGGCGGUCAGGUGUUUGUAGCCGGGGAAAUGUCAAACACCAUCAUCCAAGUGGACCGCGAGGGGGAGCGGAAGUUGGGCACUGUGGCAGGCCACUUGGAGGGGCUUAAGGUUCCCCAGGCGCUCUGCUUCGACAGGCACUCCGUCGCACUGAUUGCUAGCCAAGACAAAAGCGACAACCUGAUCGUCAUGCAUAUGAAAUAGAAUCAAUAGAUAGACAAAUCACUGCACGUUUAAGGAUUGGUCCCAGGCACAUAGCGUAUUAUAGUUGGAAAACGUUUUUGUAUAUUAUGGAGCUUAUAAAACAGUAUUUAAUUUAUAUUAUUCGCAUGCUAUUCUGACCAUGAACUGUCGUGAUUGUACAUACAUGACAUAAGAUAAACAUCCAUUAGUCGCUAUUCGUUUUUGUCGGAGUCGACCAUCACUAAAUAUGUGUUGAAAUGCAAAAGCAGAAUAAAGUGCGUGAUUGAUGUGAACGCAGUUGGGCUUGAGUCUUGGAGUUACUAACCCAACUGUCAAUGCAAUUUUCCACGUUCAUACUAAACUUCUGGUGUCCAAGUGGGUGAGAUAAAAUAUCAAAUAAUAUUAAGACUUAGUUUAUUGGUAGAUUUCAAAUACAUAUUGAUUGUUAUGAAUUAUGUAUUAGAUUGUAGUUUGUUGAGUCUUUUAUGAAAUUCAAUAAAUUAUAUAUUGCCAUUUGUGUAUGAUGGGUAAAUUCUGCAAUUAUUUAGCAAUCCAGUAAAUGAAGUAUAAUGUGAUAAAGAAUGGCAUUUGGAUACUGUUUGUACUGUAGAUACAAAUCAACGACCGACCAUAACCGGAAACAGUUUAUCAUCAAAGGGCGGAAAAAUAUGAGGAUAAACAAUUUUCAAUAUAUAAAUAUUCGAUGAUUUCUGAUCCGAACAUUAUUACAUCUGAAGAUGUUGCGGAAAUUAUAUACAUCGGAAAAUAUUUGCCGUUUAUUUAAGGAAUGGAAGUUGAGGUGUAAAUAUGAGCGAUUUAGUCCUGUUGAUUGAGUUUCGUAAUUUUAGACAAUUGUUUUAUUCCUAAGCCGUUUGUUCUGCCAUUGUCCUAGCUUGGGUCGAUGAGCGAUCGGGUCGUCUUUAAGGUAAAUUGACGCAGUUUCAAUUGCAUUUAUCGUUAUAAAACUAUAUUUUAUUAUUUUUCAUCAUAGUUUUAUAAUAUUCAUCGUUCUUAAAGUUUGA